AGCAAUGGCGCACUUUCUCCCGAUGCUCAGAAAGCACAGAUCCGAACUCUACGUCUUCCAGAUUCCAAACCUCCGUGGAUCAUAAGAACAAAGUGUAAGGUGGGGAUGGAAGGGAGAAAGAAGGCAGACCCUCCUUGUGUGGUUUGUGGAGGGAGUGGCAGAGUCGACUGCUCCCGCUGUAAUGGAAGAGGAAGGACAAAUCAUGUGGAGCUAGAGGUGCUUCCACAAGGAAAGUGGCCAGAGUGGUGUAGAUACUGUAGUGGAAGUGGACUGAGCCACUGCUCUCGCUGCCUUGGCACCGGCGAGUAUCGCCAUACAAUGGGAUUUGACUUCAUGUACAGUGCAGCUAGCCAAUCUUGAUCAACAUGCAACAUUACAUAUUUACAGCUUCCUCAUAUAUUGUAAUAAUGAACAAAAUUACACUUUGGCUCCUUUCAGUCUUUUUACUGAUUUUUGUUAUUUCCCAAAAUAAUCUCGAUCCUUUUUUUAUACGAGUAUAUCACUAUGUAUCAAUGUAUCAU